GACAACAACCUACUAUGUGUAACAUAAGAAUUACAAUAUAAAGACCUUUAUACAUUCAACAUGAAGCAAUAUUAGGAACCGAUUGACUGUUUUAGAAAAUCCAUAGUUGCUAUAGAAUCAUUACGAUGCAUAAUGAAACAUCUAAGUUAAACCCUCGUACAUAGUUAUAUAGAACUCCUGAUUUCUAUACAAAACUUAAAUCAAACUUUUACUUUUCUUCUGUAUAGUGUCUAGAAAUUACUCAUUAGUAAAGGUGAUGACCGAAGCACAACUAAGCAGUUUUAAUAAUGUAGACGAUUACAACGCUUGUACUCCAUCUAUUUAUCAAAAUAAGUUUAAGCAUAUACGGAGACCAUUUUCCUAUCACCUACGGAAAACACUUACUUCUGCAUACUUUGAUAAUAUACAAAAUUCAAAUCGUACGUGUAUUUCAGACUACUUUCUUAAUGAAAACCAAGAAAGAUCUCCAAAUGAAAAUUCGACAUUAAAUAAAUCUUACCGAAAAUAUAUACAUAUGUUUGAAAACAGUGAAAGAAGUGCAGUUGUUUCCAUGGAUGACAAUCUUGUUUGUGACGACUUUUUCUUUUUGAACAAAACUCCUACAGCUUUUACUACAUCAUCUUUUCCAGAAACACUUUCAACAAACAUUUACUUAGGAUCACGAGAGGAAAACUCUUAUAAAAGUGCUUUACAAUCUCCAGACGACAGCGAAUAUCAAUUGCCUUACUUAUAUAAAAUCAAUUCUGAGGAGUGUUCACAAACAGCAAGAAAUUCUACAGACUAUAAAGACGCAGCUUCUACAACACACAUUUAUUCUGAAACACAACACAAUAAAUCGAAAUCUAACUUGUGCUCUGUGUCGUUUCUUCCACUAGAUGCACCUCGUAAAAACAACAAAAUAAAUUUACCCAUGGAGUCGAUUUCUUGGACAAACAUGAAACUAACCUCAGAGGUAGAUAUCUUAUUACCACAAUCUGAGUUCAAUACUAGCUAUACCAAAUCUUUAUCGCCUUCAUAUCCUUGCGAAUGGUCUUGUAACACUGCGGGUAACAAUACUGAAGAGGCAAUACCAACUCCUUUUUUAGAUGAAAAUCUUCUUUAUUCUAAUGUCGUAUUACACGAAAAACCGACCAGCGCGAUGGAUUUAGCUUCUAUUCGUGUAAAUGUUAGUUCAACCGCCACUGACGUCAAUUUAUCUACAAACACUCCACCAACAUCUGCGGAAGACAAUUCAAAUGAAAAUCUUGGAAGAAAAUCCAGUUUAUAUCCAAUAAAGAAACAAAACAUGGAAAAGUUUGACUGGAUUGCUUCUACUUCUACUACAAGGUCAUCGUCUCUUUGUUUUCCACAUAAAUCUCAUGAUAACGGAACGUUUUCCAUGCAACGAAACACUCCAGAAUCAACUAUGUCGCAUUCUAAUAACAAUGACGGUUCCUGUUCGAAUUUAAAAUUUUUAACUGAACCCUCCAUGAGCUCUCUUGAUUCUACAACUGCAAAUAUUUCCAGACCAUUGGAGAUUGAGUUAAACAAUUCUAUGGCUAUUCAGGAAAAUCAUGGAAGUCCCACUACAAAUUCAGAAACCUUACCCAAACAUAUGACCACAAAGGAUUACUUAAUCUCUUUAAAAAGUCUUGACGUCUUAUCAUUUGCAAAAAGUCAAACUGGAAGCCGUCGUCUUCAAUCCUUGCUUUAUCAAAAUAAUAAAGAAAUAACAACGUACAUAUUUAAAAAAACUUGUUUUAACUUGACAGAAUUAAUGAUUGAUUUAUACGGUAACUAUUUUUGUCAAGAACUGUUUCAAGCAUGCUCCCUUUCUCAAAGAAUUUUGUUUCUUCAAAACUUGUCUCCCGAUAUUCGUUUAAUUGCUAGUAAUCCAAGGGGAACACACGCGAUGCAAGCUGUAGUUAUUUUGAUGAAACCAUUGGAAGAGCAACAAAUUCUAAUACAACAACUGCAUGAACACCUUUUUUAUCUUGCCACGCAUCCCUUUGGCACCCAUGUAAUUCAACAAACACUAACAUAUUUUCACCCACAAGCCACAGCUGUAAUGUUCGAAUAUAUUGUAGAGAAUGUAACAUCAUUAGCAGACCAUCCUCACGGUGUUUGUGUGGUCAAACGGGUCAUUAGCAUUAUAGCUACAACUUAUACAAAAAAUAAAUACUUUAGUACCCUUCAACAAACACUCCGAGAUAAACUCAGCGCAUCGACGUUACCAUUGUCUCAAUCUCCUUUUGGAAACUACGCAAUUCAGCACGCUAUACAAACCUGGGGAACCGAAUUCUGUUUUUCGAUUAUUUCUCAGCUCCAUGAACAUAUCGUUGAACUAGCAAGCCAAAAAUUUUCAUCAAAUGUAGUCGAACAAAUGCUAGGCGUAGUUGGAGAAGAUAAAACUACAAUGAUAUUGAAAAACAUGACUUCCAGCAAUAAUAUACAACUCUUAACGAAUUCUGUCUAUGGUAAUUUUGUUGUGAAAAAGGCGUUUGAGCAAUCGUCAAAAACUGAAGCAAAAGUGAUUUUACCAAUAUGGGUAGACCAUAUUAAUUUUAUUCAAAAUAAACGUUUAAAAGCUAAAUGGGACAAAACACUCUAUGGGAUAAAAGCAUUGCUUGAGUCUCAUGAUUAAAACUCAAUCUUUUAGAAUGUCGCUUCAAAGUUUUUAAAAGGCGUUAAACUAAAACGUUUCUUUUACAAACUUAACUUAAAAUUUUUUUUAAUCAAAAAAAUUGAGACAUUUAAAUAUUAAACGAGAAUUAUGUUUAAUCUGGAUAAAAUGAUUCUCAUCUUUUUCAUCAUAACAGCAUUAUACUUUUGUUUUAAAAAAACGCCGAUUUCUAUUCUCAUUUCAGAUCUUUACAAAAUUAUUUUAUUAAACAAAAUGGAUUUUUUGAAAUUAUUUUUUAUAAUAUUAUCAUUUUUUGAUUUAUUUUUGUCAUGUUCAAUUAACAACUCGAUCAAGCUUUAGCUUUCAAAACCAGCAAAAUUUAAUUAAAUUU